GAGACAAAAUAACAGACUUUCGGUAAUCGAAACGAUUUUUCUUGAGAAACUGAGAAACAAUUCGUGUUUCGGUGGUACUCCAAAAAAUUAGGGAGUUCGUCGACCACUUGACUUAGCAAAUGUGUGUGGGCAAAAGGGAAGACAACGAAGGCUGCACUAGUAUUAAAACUCUGGCCUUAGAUUCACGAUUAAUUAACAUAAAACCCAAUCACCAAUUAUAAUGAGAUCAAAAAAUAAUUAUAGAUAAAUAAAAACUUGAUUAUAAGUUACGAAUCGCGUUACAAAAGUGAUCCUUUGUUGAAAUGCAAAAGAUUUAGUUGUGUUUGUAUUUUAUGAAAAAUGGAAAUUAGGGAGGCUGGUGAUGGAGCUGCUUCAGGGGAAUACGUCAGGGUGCCCUCGAAGAAGUACUCCUGGGCGGAGGUACGUCAGGCCGUCCACGAUCUGCGCAAAGAACUUUCAUCUCUAUCGACUAUGCUGCCCAUCGCGAUUUCUUUUCGGAAAUUAAGCAACGGGAAAACCAGGAUAUACUUCCUUAGAACACCGCAAAACGGAUGGGAAAUCACUUUGCUAUACACCGAUGUAACUGCAACAACACAAGCUAAUAAUACAAGGUUAGAAUGGAAGCCCCUAAUAGAAUCAAAUGUAGCCCUCGGAGUGACGUCAGGGAAGUGGUCUCGGGAGGAACAGCUCCUGUGGGAACGUCAGCGUGUAGCAGCGUGGGGAAUAGCCUCAUAUGAAUUACAUCAAAGGACUGGCCGGGUGCUCUUCCCCUGUGCUUCAUCUCUGUUCGUUGCUGAGGAACGUCCGAAUCAACUGCCCCCAUUGGUCCCUCGGUCGCUCAAUACGGGUGGGGGCGCGCCUCUAACGCCCGCAAUGUGUCCUCGCUCACCGUCGCUUGUGGCGCACGCGGCCAGAGGUGACAUCUGGUUAGCGGCUGGAGCCCUACGCCGUCCAACUCGACUCACAUACGCUUGUAAAGGACACGAACCUGAGCGGUUAUCAGAUGACCCGUGUCAAGCCGGUGUACCCUGCUACGUCACACAGGAAGAGUUCUCAAGAUACACUGGAUUCUGGUGGCAACCUAAAUCUGACGACGAUGUAUACAGAAUAGUAUACGAGGAAGUGGACGAGAGCGACGUGAAGAUCUUCAGCUUUCCAUCGUCGCAGACCAGCAGCGGGGAGAUCGAGGAGUUCAGGUUCCCUAGGGCCGGCACGCCCAACGCCAGGUCCACACUCAAACUGGUCACCUUCGAGCUGCAGAAGGCUUCGCCGACCACCGUCCUCGACUACUACCAAGAAGGGAGCCCUGAUGUGGCGCCAUCCGAUCCGUCCAAUGAGUCUAUGGAGGUGAUAAACAUCAGGUGGUUGGAGUUGAGGCAUUCGCUUAAGGAGGUGUUCCCUUGGUUCGAGUACUUGGCCAGGGUCGAGUGGACGCCCUGCGGGAAUUACGUUUGGGUCCAAUUACUGGACAGGAAGCAGCAGAGGCUGGAGUUAGUUCUGAUACCGGUCGAAGAGUUUAGCACCCGAAGCGUCUAUGACCACGCGCCCCAUCAGCUCACUUCGGCAGCCCACGCCGAUCCCCCCCGCGAUAGGACCAAGAUCGAGAGGAACAUUCAGGUGCUGAUAUCGGAGACGGCGCCCGAGUCGUGGGUGAAUGUUCACGACCUCCUGUACUUCCUGCCGUCGGCGGCGGACUGCGUCACCUUCAUAUGGGCUUCGGAGGAAACCGGCCACAUGCACCUCUACCUGGUGACCUGCGGACUGGAGCUCGCCAACAAGCCGGCGUCGGUUUUGGAGAUGCUGACGGAUAACGACUCCAACGCGUCGGGGCCCAACAUCAUCAGCAAGGAGCCGAUCACGGCGGGAGACUGGGAAGUCCUCGGCCGGAAGAUCUGGGUGGACGAGGCCCGAAACCUGGUUUACUUCGUAGGGCUCCGCGAGACGCCACUGGAGCGCCACCUGUACGCUGCCCCGCUGUCACCGCCGCGACCUCACGCCGUGACCCUGCUCACUACCGUGGGUCAUUCGUGCACCGUCGAUAUUGACGAGGAAUGCACGACUGCCGUUAUCACGAGAUCGAACGUAAGCACCGUGCCGACGACGAGAGUGUAUCGUAUAGUGCACGACAACGGACCCCGCUUACACUCGCAGGGGAUACUGAUGGACCACUGUGCUAACGAACCGGGAGGUCGCGGGUUCAACGGCGGCUGGGACCGGACGGUCGACGACGACGGUGACGUCACCUUGCUAGUCAAAGAAAGCUGCCUCCGCACCCUGGACAUUCCGCCGGCGCAGAUACUGGAGACGACCCUCUCGUGCGGGCUGACGGCGUACUGUACUCUGUGGCGCUCAGGCCGCGCGGGCCGGAGCCCCACCGUGCUGCACGUGUACGGGGGCCCCGAGGUGCAGACCGUCACCAACAGCUACAAGGGUAUAAGGCAGCUCCGCAUGCACAUGCUAGCGGCGCGCGGCUUCAACGUGGUGUCUGUGGACUCGCGGGGCUCCAAGCACCGGGGCCGCGCCUGGGAGGCCGCCAUCAAGGGCAAGAUGGGUCAAGUGGAGCUGGACGACCAGGUCGAAGUUCUGCAGUGGCUGGCUAAGGAAACCGGCUGCAUAGAUAUGGAGAGGGUGGCCAUCCACGGGUGGAGCUAUGGAGGCUACCUGUCCCUCCUCGCGCUGGCCACGCGGCCCAACAUCUUCAAGGUAUGCGUUGCCGGAGCGCCGGUGACGUGUUGGCGGCUUUACGAUACGGCUUACACCGAGCGGUACAUGGGCAUCCCGGCGCGCGCUCCCCACGCCUACACCCGGGCCAGCGUGCUCGCCCACGCACCCUUCUUCCCGGACCAGGAGGGGCGACUCCUCAUCAUCCACGGGCUGGCCGACGAGAACGUCCACUUCUGCCACACAGCGGCACUGCUCGCCGAGCUGGUGAGGCUGGGGAAGCCGCAUCGCGUGCAGGUGUACCCGGGCGAGAGGCACUCGCUGCGGGCCAUGCACGCCGCCAAGCACUACGAGGCCACGCUGCUGCACUUCCUGCACGAAAACCUGUGAGGGGGACGUCCAGGGGACCGGCGGGGGGCUCGCGAGGGACGCCCCGAGGACCGGCGGGGGGCUCGCGGGGGGACACGCAACUUGGACAAAUUACAUAUUCCUCAGUCUCCGCGCACAGUCCUAAUGUUAAGAAGCCGUAUGUAUAUAUUUACCACCACCUCAGCCAGCGAUAAUUACCCGACUUCUUCGAAAUAUCCAUACUUUCACUACAGUUUAGUUUGUAAACAUAAAAAAAAGCAAUAUAAAGUAUGUAUAUGUUAGUUUAAACAUUAAAAAAAAAACUGACAAUUUACUUUAGUCUUUUUUGUUUGUCACGUUGACCAAAAUAAACAAGAAUCAUAGAUUGGGGGAGGGGGGUUUAGGCUUAGAGGGACAAAUCUGGGUUGUCACAAUGCUUAAUUGAGGCCAUCAGCGCAAAAGUGGCG